AUUUUCUCCAUCUGCUCCUCCUGUCAGUAGAAUCCUUCUCGCCAGCAGAGCGCGUGCCUGCUCCUCCUACAGAAAGUGGGGAUUCCUGCUCCUCAGCAGAGCACAGACCCACUCCCCGUUUUUUUUUUUCUUUUUUUUCUUCUUUCUUCUGCUUUCCGCGAAACUGUCAGAAGGAACAACACCGUGUUUCUCCUGAAAACAGUGUCAGAAAGCCCAUGCCCCGCCGAGCCUCCUCCACCUCCAGCCUCAGAAGCCCGGCAGGAUGCUGUCAAACAGCCCGAACCUCGGACACAGAGGGGCAGCAGUCCGGCUGAUGUUCCUCUCCCUCCUGAUCUGCUAUGCUGUUGGCAGCUCAGAGAAAACCUCACAGAACAAAGAUGAGAUCCACGUCAUUCACAAGAAUAAACUGGACCUGCGGGAGAUAGUGUUUGUCAUCCAAAGUCAAAGCAACUCCUUCCAUGUGAAGCAGGCAGAAAGACAGAGAGCAGAUUUGCUCGAGCAGGCGCAAAGCCUCACAGCGAACCCCCCCGUGGUUUUGCUUCUCCACAGUUUGUCAGAUAAUGAGGGUGAUUGGAGCAUCCUUCCUCUGCUGCCUUCCUUGUCCCAUUCCUUUGAGAAAAACUCAUCCUGGAUCGUAUUUCUCGAAGAGGAAACGCAUGUGAACGUUGUUACCCUUCUCCAUGUCCUGGUGAAAUUUGACAAGGAUAAAGAGUGGUUUCUUGGCAAACCGCUGCAUGAUGAAGAGUCGACCAUCAUCCAUCACUACGCCUUUGCAGAGAAUCCCUCCAACUUCAAAUAUCCAGACUUUGCUGCUGCCUGGGCUUUGAGCUUCCCUCUUGUUGUUCGACUCGCAAACAAAGUGAGAGACGAACCACUUAAAUCAGACUUCACUAUUGACCUGAAACACGAGAUUGCUUUGUAUAUCUGGGACAACGGGAAGGGCACGCAUCUCACCGCCGUUCCUCAGCUGUGCACUGAGCCGAAGGACUCUCCUCUCGCCCGGCACUGUGCGACCACUCUGAGCAAAGUGCCUCCAGUGUGUGGGGAACCUGUGAAAAAAGAAGAUUUAUUUGUUGCUGUGAAAACGUGUAGGAAGUUUCACAGUGAAAGAGUUCCAGUGAUAAAGAAGACUUGGGAAAAGGAGGCCCUUUUUUUAGAGUACUACAGUGACCACUCUGAUCCUUCAAUACCAACCAUUAAUUUAGGAGUUCCAAACACUGAAAGAGGCCACUGUGGGAAAACAUUUGCAAUCCUGCAAAGAUUUCUAAGCAGCGCCGUCCCGAACACCAAGUGGCUUGUUAUUGUGGAUGAUGACACACUUAUCAGCCUCCCACGACUCCGAGUCUUGCUGAGCUGUUAUGACCCCUCUGAGCCGGUGUGUCUCGGAGAAAGAUACGGCUACGGCCUGAGCCAAGGUGGCUACAGUUACAUCACCGGAGGCGGAGGUAUGGUGUUUAGCAGGGAGGCUGUGGUCCGAAUUCUGAAGAGCGGCUGCAAGUGCUACAGCAAUGAUGCGCCGGAUGACAUGGUGCUGGGAAUGUGCCUCAAUGCUCUCAGGCUUCCCAUCACGCACAGUCCUCUCUUUCACCAGGCCCGCCCCGAGGACUACGCUAAAGACCUUUUAGCCCACCAGGUGCCCAUCUCCUUCCAUAAACACUGGAACAUCGACCCAGUUAGUGUUUUCAACAAAUGGCUCAGAGACGACUCGAGGGCGGAGAAUUCAGAGGAAUCUCAUAACAGAUCCGAGUUAUGAUGAGCACACAUAAGUCUGUAUGAAGCAGUGUAUAUACAGAGUAUGUGUGUGCGUGUGUUUGUGUUUUUGUAACACAAAAAGUGAUCUAUAAACAGAUGUAAAAGUU